AUGGCGAACGAAGAGAGUGCAUUGCUACCUUCUGCAAGAGAUGCAUUCGUAGAUGCAAACGCUGAAGCUUCAAGAGCAUUCCAUGACGGAAAACGCACUUCAUCGCAAAACAAAGAAGAAACCUGGCACCAAACUGAAGGUGGAUUCUUGAAACCAAUAAUUUUCGGUGGAUUGGAUGGAAUUUUGACAUCUUUUGCUAUUGUAGCUGGUGCCGCUGGUGGAGGUCUAUCUCCCGAGGUCGUUAUGGUUUUGGGAUUCAGUAAUAUUUUUGCAGAUGCACUGAGUAUGGGCGUCGGUGAGUUUCUCUCUUCCAAAGCAACCAACGAAUGGAUCUUAAGUGAACGAAAACGGGAAGAAUGGGAAAUGGAGAACUACCCAGAGGGUGAAAUCCAAGAAAUGAUUGAUAUUUACAAAGAGAAAGGAAUGGAGCAUGAAGAUGCCAAACUAGUCAUCGAGACGAUGGCAAAAUACAAAGACUUUUUUGUCGAUCUAAUGAUGGCCCAAGAGCUGGAACUACAGGUUCCUGACGAGGAUCACGUCGAAGAAAGUAUGCGAGAAGGUGUUGUCAUGUUCCUAUCCUUCGCAUCAUUCGGUGCCAUGCCAUUGCUGGGCUAUGUGAUUAUUCCGGCAUCCUUCCCGCAGCUAGGAAACGACACUCUUUUCGCUGCUGCUUGUAUCGUCACCGGACUUGUCCUUUUCUUUUUGGGAAGUGUCAAGUCAAAAUUUGCCAAUAUGAAUUGGUUCACGAGUGGACUGGAGACCCUGUUGCUUGGAGGUUGUUGCGCCACAGUGGCAUUCACCAUUGGGCACUACAUCAACGGACUUGUCGGUGAUGCAGAUGUAGACUUGUAA